AGUGAAUUGACAUUGUUUGAUGUCGUUUGUUUUGUUCGGUAUUUGAGCGUUGAUUCUAGAAAUGCAUAAAGUUUUCCUCAUUUUCGAAUAAUAAUUCCAUCCGACACUGCUAAAGUACACAUUCGAUUCAAAUUGUAGAACAUUCAGUUGACAAUCUAAAGCCAAAUAAUGUCUCGAUAUUCCGUUUGUCUCGCGUUUUUUAUAUGUAUAUUUAUUUGGCCACGGAUGCCACCAUGCACUUCAGCUCAUGAUUCGGUGGUCCAUUUGAGCGAUGAGAAUUGGCGUGAUUUAAUGGAUAACGAGUGGCUGGUACAGUUCCAUGCUCCGUGGUGUCCUGCCUGCCGAAGUCUAACCAAACAAUGGCAAACAUUGGCUCAAUCCUCGAGUCAAAUGGGUGUUCAAGUGGCCAAAAUCGACGUCACCGAAAAUCCAUCACUGAGCGGACGCUUUUUUGUGACGGCCCUGCCAACCAUUUUCCAUGUCAUUAACGGCGAAUUCCGUCAAUACCGCGGACCACGUGAUGCCCAGACACUCGAAGAAUUUGUCCUCGAAAAGAAAUGGAAGAAUCUGGAAACCGUACCGUGGUAUUUCUAUCCCGAUUCGUAUUUCAUGGGCGCUGCGUCGUAUUUCUUCAAGCUAUCGCAUGGAUUAAAGGACUUGAACACUUACUUGCUGGAACAGUAUUCGAUACCGUCUUGGGCCAGUUAUGUUUUGUUCGCAAUUGUAACGAUACUGAUGGGCGCUUUGAUUGGGCUAUUGUUCGUCUGCAUCGUUGAUUUCAUCUUCCCACCGAAGCAUUUACAACGGAAAAGUUUUGCUCAAUCCAGUGACGCGAUUGUCAAUUCAAAUGAAGAGAUUCCCGAAGAUGAUUUGGUUGAUUUAUCAUCGUCAGAGGUUGACGACGAGGAUAGCAAGAAGCAAGCAACACCCUCAUCUAGUCCAAGCAAGAAAAAAUCCAAAGAAAACAAGAAGUCUUCAGACUCAGAACCAACAAUCGAGGAUGUUCUUGACGACGACGAAACAACGAAGAGUGCAGACGUGCGAAAGCGAAGAACACGAAAAGCAGACUAAAUACGGAAAUACAUCAUUGGCAGUGUGCAAUGCCUAAGAAACGGUCAAAGUUUAAAGUUGCCUUAGAAAGACAAUUUUCUUAUUCGACUCCUCGUUCUUCUUGUGUCCAAUUUUCAUUCGAUCGAGCGAGGUUAGUUAGUUAGUUUAUGUUAUCUCUUUCUCUCUUCGGUUCAGCCUAAUUUAAUGAAUUAUACCGGUAACGAUUGAAUUUUGCACAACCAAUUUCUUACUUAAAUAAAUUUCCAUAAUACUGCUGUGGUGAAGACCCAAUUGGGCAUUAACUUAGUGUAUUGACUUUUAGUGUUAGUUAACGAAUUUGAAUUAUAAUUUGUUUGUGUUCGAGCGUGAAUUCGAUGUUAUCAAUCAAAUCAAUUGAAAUUUAUGAGGAGGAAAAGAAUAUCGCGUUGACGCAUUGCCGUUUGAGAUACACACAUCAUACACAAUUUAUACUGAUUGUAUCAUGUUAAGCUAUGAAAUCUUCUUUUUUUGUUAACUUUAAUACUACACACUAAAACAAUAAAUGUUUACAAUAAGAUUUGUAUGCGACUCAUUGAAUAUAUUUGACUACAAUGCUA